GAUCCUUCCUCCCGAAAAGUCCCCAAGCCACCGACUUUCUCCCCUGGAAAAACCCGGCGAAGGCUUCUUGAAAUUUCCCUCCUUUCUUGCUCAAAAACCAAGUUGCAGGCCUAGAACACUCUCCUAAACCCAGAAAUUUUCCAGAUCUGCGCUGUCCUCUUCCCCUCUGUCCGCCGGCCUCUGCUGGGUGGGGUUGGGUUCGGUUUUCUGUCCGUAAGUUCCCCUGCAGCUUGCCACCGGCUUCUUCUUCUCCCUGCAGCUCCGGUUUUAGCUGGAAAAUUCUGGUAUGGACAGCCCUUUUAAGUUCGAAUUUAUCAAUUAAUUGUUGUCCAAUUAGUUGCUAUGUGUUGUCCGAGAUCCCGCCGGAAUUAUGGGAUAAUUGUAUUGUUUUGCAAAAGACAAUUGGUUGAAUACAAGUCCUGUUCUUCCAUUUUUUCUGUCUAUGGAAGUAGAAAUCCAAAUUGGGUUUUCUCGGUUGAUGGAUAAAUGUAAUUUAGGAGCUUUUGAGUGAAAUUAGGGAUUGAUCUAUUGAUUAGACUCGGGUUUAAGAGGGUUUGUGACCAUUUUGCUCAUAAGUUACAUUUACUGUUCAUGUGCACUGUUCACGGAUACUGUUCAUAGGCACUGUUCACACACCGAGGGUUCCCGAUCGUUCUGUCAGUUAGCACCAUGAAUUGAGCCUUUGGUUUUAUGCGAGUGAGGUAGUAUGACCCGAGACACGGAAACCACGGGAAGUGACGAGUUAGAAGGCUAGCCAUUUCGAGAUUGAUAUAAUUUUAGAAAUAAAUCAUGUUUUUUGUA